AUGCAACAAGGCAAAAACUUUGACGUGUUAACCUGCGCUUCGUGUAAGGCCUUCUUUCGUAGGACUGCCCCCAAAAAUAAGUGCAAAAUCAAUGUCAAGACCAGAACUUUCUGUAUUAAGUGUCGGCUCAAGAAGUGCUACGAAAAGGGAAUGAAAAAAGAUUAUAUACUGAGUCGCGAAGUGAAGGAAAUGAGAAAAAUCAAGUGUUUGAACAGCGACUGGUCUCAUACUACCGGUGCCGUCGACGAUACCAACUACCAGUACUACUACGCCAGCGAUAACUCGUCCACCGAUAACACCGGCGACUGGACUCCGACUACUGACAAAAAUCUAGAAAAUUACGAUCCCUUUCCCCAAACGGUGUACACUCUGCCGGACCCGAAUGCCGGGCCCCUGGAUCUAGUUCACUGA